AUUAAAUAUACAUUAUGCAAGAUCUAAAUCUUCCUAUUUGCAGGUCUUUCUUUAGGCCUGAAAUGUUAUAUAAACUAUUAAUUAGAAAUUUAUUAACAAUACCAGACCAUAAUCAACUCUCGAUGGCAUCAGAUACUCAGAAUUUUAACUAGAUUAGAAAGGUUCGCCAUUUAAAAAUUUAAUUUAAAAAUGGGAAAAUGAGGCUAAGUCUCAAAUAUCGGUUACCACAAUGCACACAUCUUGUCAAAACUACAAACAGUGAUAAUUUGGCUCAAAAUGAAGUAAUUUGAAUGCCAUUUUCAUUUUACACCUAUUUUUGAGCUAUUAUAGCAAGAAUAAUUUGAAUAUUUUCAUUUUACACUAUCUAUUUUUGAGCUAUUAUGACAAAAAUGGUCUGCUCUUUAUCAAAAUCCUACAUAACGUAUCUUUAAUGAGACACAGAUGUCAGAUUUUUUUUCAUAAAACAAUCAUCAUUUUAUUGUGAUAAUAGUGCCUAAACUAUUAAAUUGAAUUUAUUAUAUAUUUAUGGCAUGGUUAUUAUUAACUAUUUUAAUAGCCAUAUUCAUUUUUAAUCUCUGCAUGUUGCUAUCCAUUUUUUGAUACGCCCAAAUCGAAAAUUAAUAAGCACCAAGCAACCAAACUACGUAUUUUUACUUAGCCUAAGCAUUAAAUGCUCAUGAUCGAACUUAGUCAAGGUUUUGAUGUAGUGGAACCAAUACACAAAGUUUCAUCACUCUCACUCAAUUAGAAUAAAACUUAUUGUGUCCGAAAGCAUCGAUCAGUCAAAUUGCUUAUCUCUGCUUAUCUCCUAAUGAGCAUCUCCAAGUUUGAACAUUCUACCCCAAAUAAACCAGUUAUUGGGUUCCAAAGUCUUAGCCAGCCAAUCAAAUUUCUUCUUUACUUAGCCUAAGCAGAAAAUGCUCAUCAUCAAACUUUGUCAUUUUUGAUGUACGUUUCACGACUCUCAUUCAAUUAGAAUCAAGUAUAGUGCCCCAAAGUCUAGCCCAGUCAAAUGCUCUCUAUCAAACUUAAUCCAGGUAAUGAUGUAAUGAAACUGUGCACCAAGUCACCAGGUUACCAUGUCCGAAAGCGUCAACCAAUCAAAUUGCCAAAAAAUGCCAAUCUCUGUUUACCCUCAUCUGAAAAUGCUCAUCAUGGAACUCAGUCAAGGUAUUCACCGAGGUUGAACAUUGUAGUUGAAUCAAAAGCAAAUUUAUUUUGUCAAAAAAACUGUAGUGGGCGGACAUUCCAUUCUACUUUCUUCGAAAGGGCACAACAAACAAUGAAGCGGGGGGGGGGGGGGGGUAAAUACUGACUGUAGCAAUGUCGCGUGUAUAUAGUGGGUAGACUAUAGAGCUCGUAUCCCUUAUAUGGAUUGCAACUAAAAUUCUAAGCUGGUCGAGCCUCGCCCCCUUGAUUGAUGACUUCGCCAUGAGAAAAAUUAUUAAACGUAAGAUACAAUAAUACUAAUUAUGUAGAUGAAAUUAGAUAUAACUACUAUUCAAUUCAAUAGAAUUUCUUACUAUAAUCAUUUUCAUAGGUGGAAAGCAGUACUAAAUUUGCAUAAUAAAAUGUGGAACUAUAUAAAAGAAAGUUAUAAAGUUGAUAUGAUAUAGAUGGAUUUAAUGUUUAAAUGUAUAAAUGACAAUCGAGCGUAGUGAGGCAACAAAAAAAUGAAGUUAAAAUUAUAAUUAGGCUACAUUUUAGUCUUUUUGAAAUGAUCGAACCUCGUCCCGAGUUUUUUUGUGUUUUUUAGACUUCCAUUAAAAUCAGCCCCCCCCCCCCCAAUCCCGGCUCGCGCCCAAAUCUGAAAAAAUAAAAUCUGUUCCAACUGUCCAGAAUUGUUGAAACAUAAAUCCUAAAGAUGUAUAGUAAAUAAAUGAAGAAUUGCAACUUAUACAGAAAUGAUGAAUGCAAUAUAAUAAUAAAUGUCAAAUUAGCGCGGGAGGGGGCUGUUUUAUGAAACUGCAUUACAAUAAGAAGUAUUAAUUUAAUUAUAUGUAAACCAAAAUUUUACUUCAUUUGUUUAUGAUUUAAAUCUCAUAACUUAAAACAUAGAAUUGUCUAUGUAGGCUACUUUAUCUAAAAAUAAUCAUACAUAAAUUCUACAGUACAUAUUAUAUCAAUUUUGUACAUGGUAUACACGUCGAAUGAUCUUCUUGCAUUUACCCGCUAAAGGGGUGGUAAAAAUUAUACAGUUUUCAUUGAAAAGUGUGUACUUCAUACAAGCAAACAAUAAAACAUAAACCGAAAAAAUAAAUGUUAAUACUUUGAUUAAUUGAAUACUAAAUAUGGUGUUAAUUGACGCCGUAUUCCGUUUUACCAAAAUCACAGAUGACAGUUUAUGUUGACUAUUCCCCCUUUUGCAUUAAAAUGAACUGAACCAAUGUAUGAAUGAAAUGGGGAGCGAUUUCCGUUUACAAACAAUCUUCCACGUUGAGUUGGAACUGUUUUAUUACUGGCACAGGUGUUGUAACUUAUAACAGAGUGAUUAUUACAUGUUAUGUUUAAGGACACCGUGUAAUUAAAUAUUGUUAUACUAGUACGGUAUGCACUUUCGGCAAUGUAUAGAAGAAAGUCCCGUUACGGGCGCGUGUGCGUGUUAUCGGUUAUGUUUGUGUUAGUAGCUGUGUGGCAUGUUUUCGUUUCCAAGAAACAUGGCAUUACACAGAUCAAUGACAAGACUAAAAGUAAUGAAAGUACUAUUAAAAACGAAGCCGAAGAUUUAGUUGAAUUGUCUUUAAAAGACCAGAAUAUAUGGUCCACACAUGUUGUCUCUCGUCAUCUCCUUGAAUUAGCUAACUGCACUCCAAGAGCUGUAGAACAGUUUCCUAAAGGUCUUUUUACACAGGAACAGAGGAAGAAUGGUGCUCUGGUUAUCCAUGUUCUCGUGGUUAUUUAUAUGUUCCUAGCCUUAGCUGUUAUAUGUGAUUAUUAUUUUGUGCCUUCUUUAGAAGUAUUAUGUGAAUUUUUAAAUCUUGAAUCAGAUGUAGCUGGUGCUACUUUUAUGGCUGCAGGAAGCUCAGCACCAGAAUUAGCUACCGCUGUAAUUGGAGUUUUUAUUGCCAAAGAUGAUGUUGGACUGGGAACUGUUGUAGGUUCAGCUAUAUAUAAUGUUAUGUUUGUUAUUAGUAUAUGUGGAUUGUUUGCUGGGUCGGUUGUGUAUUUACAUUGGUGGCCUAUGGUGAGAGAUUGUAUAGCAUAUACUGUUAGUAUAGCUGCUCUAGUUAUAGUGAUAUAUGAUGGUCAAGUUACAUGGUAUGAAGCUAUGAGUCUAGUGGUACUGUAUGUUCUAUACAUUGUAUUCAUGUAUUUCAAUGCUCGUCUAGAGGCUUGGUUUGUUCCCCGAUGUACUAGAUGUUUUCCUAUGAAGCAUAGGAAUAUUGGAGCAGAGGCUAUUGUCCUCUAUGAUAAAAUACAAACCAAUGGUAGUAUUACACUAUCAGCAACUGAAGGUGCAAAGGAUACAAAAACUGAAGAAGCUGAUAUUGGUGAGAUGCUGCCCCUGACUUCUGAUUGUGAGUCUGAAGAUACAUGUAGUGAUAUAGAGCAUGACUUCUAUCAGAAAAAGGCUGAGGGUUAUUUUGAUCAAGUUUCACUUCCUCAUCAAGAAGAACCUGAACCAUUGUGCCAAGUACCUGAAGGUUGUCUUAAGAAAAUCAUGUGGGUUGUCUCCCUUCCUCUCUGUACUGUUUUAUAUAUGACUACACCGGAUUGUCGUAAACAAAGAUGGAAGAAAUGGUUUUUAGUAACAUUUAUUAUGUCAUUAGUGUGGUUGUCAGCAUUCUCAUUUGUUAUGGUGUGGAUGAUCACAGUUAUAGGUUUUACAGUUAAGAUACCAGACAGUAUUAUGGGUUUAACAUUUGUGGCAUUUGGUGUCAGUUUACCAGAUGUUGUAGCUAGUCUACUGGUUGUUAAAGAAGGACUGGGUGAUAUGGCUGUAUCUAAUGCUGUAGGUAGUAAUGUAUUUGAUAUAUUAAUAUGUCUUGGUGUACCAUGGUUAUUACAAACUGGUGCUUUAAAUCCUGGUGGUAUUGUAACUGUUUAUAGUGAAGGUCUAACAUACUCUAGCCUUACCUUAUUAUCAACUGUUGCCUUUUUACUCAUAUCAACUCACCUUAACGGUUGGAAACUUGACAAAAAAUUUGGUGCAAUUCUUCUCGUUGUUUAUAUUUUAUAUACCAUUUUAGCAUGUAUGUAUGAACUCAAUAUAUUUGGGUAUUUUCAUCCUGAAGAAUGUCCUAGUAGUUAUUAAAAUAUACAUUCAUAAUAAUCAACUGUUAAUUAUAUAGAUCUAUUUAUUAAAACAAUAUUUAUUAAAAAAAAAUUGGGGACCAAAUAUGUUUACUUUUGUUGACUUUUACUUUUAUUUAUUUUAUAUAAAAAUAUUAUAUAUUGAAAUGAAUUUGUCAAACAACUUUCCAGGCACAAAUUCCAUAUUUCAGAUUUAUCUUUUAAAGAUAUAUACCUUUAAUGACCUAGGUUCUGUGUUAUUAACCAUUUAUUUACCAGGAAUAUAGAUUCAUUGUUUUAAGAUCAAUACAGUUGACAAUUUUUUUUUUUAAAUUGUGGCUGUAUUACAAAUCUUAAAAUCCAUUAACUAUGAUACUUCACCUAAACAUAACUUGUCUGCACAUGUAACUUAGAAGACACAAACUUCUACAUCAGAGCACACCCACGCAUAAUCUGUGAGUCUCCUGUGUAUUUUAUUCUUUUUCCAAUUCAUUAGAAAUAUCAUUUUUCCAAUAAUUAUCUUAUGAGGGGUAUUUUGCAUAACCACUGGUCUGAUACACUUAGAAAUAUAUCCAAAUUAAAGUUAUUAAAAUUAUGCUUCAAUACAAGUUUUAUUAUAUAUCAAAAUUAUAUAAAGAUGCAUGAUCAUUUUAGGGUUUCAAAUAAUGUAAGCAAUGUAUAUUUUAUUAUGGGGUAAGCAUCGUCAUUUAUAAUGAUAUUAAAUAUCUUGUGUAAAUAUAUUUAUUGAUCUUCAAAAGAUGAUUGCAAUCAUUUUUUUUUUUGUGUUUGAACAUCUACAGUACGACAAUAUUCUAAAUGCUUCAUGUUCACCGCAUGAUGGGCUGGUGCUCUGUUAGAUGAUAGACUAACCUUGUACAGAACUUGGUCUGUGUAUUCAAGUAAAGCUUAAUAUUGAUGUUUAUAUUGUUACUGUGAAGGGUGAUCCAGGUAGAACAAUUUUUAAACAUGUAGAUUUUUCUCACAAUUAUUGGUACUGAACUAUACAAGUGAUAACAAGUUUUAGAAUAAAUCUGUUAAUUUAAAUAUUUAAAUCCACUCUGCUUCUAUAUAAAUUUCAUUUAUUCCAUUAAACAUGCAUUAUGCAAGAGCUAAAUCUGCCUAUCGCAGGUCUUUCUUUAGGCCAGAAAUCUUAUCUUAAUUAUUAAUUAGACAUUAAUUAACUUAUCCAGACCAUAAUCAACUCUCGAUGUCAAGGCUAGCCUUCGAUAUCGACUGGAUUAGAAUCCUAUAUGCUGCAAACGCUCAUUGAUAAUUAAAUCAAAACAGUGGAUAAUCGAGACUAUGCUUUUUAACAUAUUAACUUUAGUAAUGAUGAACGAGGCUAGGCGGAAAUUUACAAAGCUGAUAUCUCGGUUCAUAGUGGACCAAUUUGACUGAAAUUUUCAACAAAUUACCUUUACAUUAUCUAGUUUUUAACUAUUAUAGCGAGAACUGUCAGCUCUUUAUCUAAUCUCCCAUAAUGUAUCUUUAAAUGGAUUUAUAUUGAUAUAAUUCAUCAAGAAAUCUCUUGCACAAGGCGAUACUAAAUUAUUAAUCAGAUGUACACAGUAUACAGUGCAGAAUAUUGAGAUAAACAUUACUAGAUUUGUAAGAAUAGGAUAGGACUGUUGUUCUUUCUGUAUUCAUACUUGUUCUUGUGUGAUAAGUAUAUCUAUUUUAUAUACUUUACUUUUUUUAAAAAAUAUUGUUUUUGUUAUAUAAUUGUUAUGAUAGGCUACACCAAUUUGAAUUUUGGUUUGUUAGGAUUCUCUUAUAUAUUUUGAAAGAAAAGAUAGCCAAAGAAUUUAAUUUUUUAGUAAAGAAAAUGUUUUAGUCAGUGUUUUAUGUGCAGUUGGUUGAUGAAUAAUUCACUGCAACAGGGAAAUCUGGUAAAACUUAAACUUAAAAUGGUGUGGCCUUAUUUUAUGUUAUUUAUUUUAGAUUUUAAGUUCAAUUGAAUUUAAUGAAAUCCAGUAUUGGAUAGGUUUUUUCAACGGCCAAUACUAAUUACCUUAUAUUUGUUUUGCGUAGGUUGAACUAAACAUUAUGAUCUUCUACAAAGAAUGAGUGGACCUUGAAUCAAUAUUAAAACUGUUCGUGUUUUGUUUGAUAUUAAUUAAUAUCUAUUUUAUUUUUGUUAAAACAUUUUUGUUACAUAAUCAAGAUAAUUUGAAUUGGUAUUUUAUAAGAUAAACACCCGUAAGAGUGUGUGACCUAGUUUCUUUAAUGAUUUUUGUAUAAGGAUUAUGAAAUAGAAUUAUCAAUAACGAAGGUCAUUACACUUUCUUGAUAAUGAUAUAAACAUGAGAAAGAAGAAAUAGAUCAAUUCAUCAAUAAUAAAUUUGAUCGAUUAGACUGAUCAAUAACGAAGGUCAUUACACUUUCUUGAUAAUGAUAUAAACAU